AUGGAUAACCUAUGGACUCGUCGUACCGUCAGCUCCUCGAACGGGGGAGGAGAUAGUAAUACUCGAACCACGCCCUUCUCGAAGCGAUCCGGCAACGAUGGCUCGUCCUUUGGAAAAUCGACGAAUUCCGCCACCACCCCGGGCGGCGGCGGCAGCAUAACUCCCUCGCCGGGCGCCGCCGCCUUCGGCCUAGGAUCCGGCGCUUUCGCAUCCUUCUCGGUCGGCGGAUCCGGAAAGACGCCCAAAUCCCCCGGCAAUCCCUUCGAUUUCGCCAUGGGCCAGAUAGGCGCGAAGAAUACGGGGUCCGAUAAGUCCUCUGGUGGAAAGGAGGCGCCGGGCAAAGUGGCUUCGAAGGCCCCCUCGAUGACCUCCAUCUCCGAAAAGAAGACGGGGGUUGUCGCGGCUUCGGCCCCGGCUGCGGCCCCUGCCGUUCACCCGCUCAUGAACAAGUGGGUGUUCUGGUGGCGUCCGCCCAUCUCCAAGUCGCAGGGAUUCAUCGACUACGAGAAGACCCUGCGGCCUAUGUGCCACUGUAAUACGGUGGAGGAGUUCUUCGAGGUGUACUCGCACCUGAAGCACCCCUCGAAGCUCCCCACCAUGUCUGAGUACCACUUCUUCAAGUUUGGCAUUCGUCCGAUAUGGGAGGAUGAUGUGAACAAGAAGGGUGGUAAGUGGGUUGUGCGUCUCAAGAAGGGCGUUGUCGACCGUUACUGGGAGGACUUGAUCUUGGCUCUCAUUGGCGAGCAGUUUGGCGACGCUGGUGAGGAGGUCUGCGGGGCGGUUGCGAGUGUCAGGAAUGGUGAGGACAUUAUCAGUAUCUGGACUCGCAACGACGGUGGCCGAGUCAUCAAGAUCCGCGAGACUAUGAAGCACAUCCUGAACCUCCCACCCAACACGAGGGUAGAGUUCAAGAGCCACGACUCGGCCAUCCAGCAGCGAACCGCCAUCGAGGAGUCCAGGCAGAGCAAGGGCUCCCAUCAUCAUCACCACAACGACAAGCGCCACCAGACCCACCAGAACAAGACCUCCGACGAGAACCACCGCCACAACACCCAAACCUCUUAG